GGGGUGCAGAGGAGAGGGGUUGCAUAAUUUCUUUGUCAUGUUCAUACCCUAUGUUAACAUAUUAAGAAAGCAAAUCUAUUGUUUAUUCUGUCAAGAAACAAUGUCCAGAAAAAAAUAACACAAGAAACUGAGAAAGCUAAACAUAAGCCACUACAGACAAGAAGUCUCUCUGAAUUUCUCAAGUGUUCUCAAAUAACAGUGUUUGUUAAAGUAUAUGAUACAUGGGGUUGGUUUCACAGGAUGGUCUAUAACAGAUUUAACUCCCCCAAUUAUGGAUUUUUCCUAUCAAAUUGGGCUGUGAGUGUUCAAUAUGUUGCCCUACUAGAAAAUAUCCAUUACAGACAGACAGACAACCUUGAAUUAAGCACAAUUAAAAUUAAAGCUCAGUAGCUUAUGUAGUCAUGCAUAAUAAAAUUAAAAUUAAAUUAAAUUAAAAUACCCCCAUGGAAUUUGAGGGUCCCCCAAUAAUUAUUUUCAUCCUAUACCUUUGAGGUGUGUGGCAUUUUCUGGAACACCACAGUUUAAACUUUAAGGGCACGGUGAAUUAAACUUAUCUGAGUAAUUUUGACAUUUUUAAUGCCUGACAUUUUACACCUGAUAUUAACAGGUGAUGGGUCAAAAAUGGAGCAAGACCAAAUUUACGAACUCUUCAUUUCUCAUGUGUCUGAUCAUGUGAAGAAUGAACUCUCUUUUUCUGAACUAAACAAUAUAAUGACAGAACAAAAGAUUCUGGAACUUCUUUGGCAGCCACAUUCAUUGGAAAAACUUUCCUUUGCUGACAUGUCAAGUUUGUGGCUCUUAAUCCAGAGAGAUGAAUUCAUCAAGUUACAACUACUGCAAGAUAUGGAACACAUUCCAAGAGUGUACGGCUUCUGUGGAAAAUUUUAUGCUGUAGAGAGGGUGGAGACCCUAGAAGAAUUUUCCUUUUCUCCAUUUAAAAAGCCAAUGCCUUGGAAAAAACGCUUAAAGACAGCUUUAGACUUUUUGGAGCUUUCACAAGAAUUUUCUAACACGGCGUUAGGAAAACUUCACCACUGUGAUAUCCAGCCAGGAAAUUUUGGUAUCACCAAAGCUGCGAGAGUCGUAGCCAUUGAUAUUGACUCUGUAUUCUCCAUGCAACAAAUGGAGGAUUUCCUUGAACAACCAACUUGUGAGAGUAACAAACAGUGUGAUUUCUUUGACUGCAUGUCUGCAUGUAAUGUAACAGAACAUCAAUGUUCAAGAAAUAUUCUCACCAACAACCUUCAGGUCAUUUGUCGAGAUAUUUUCUUGUCAUACUGGGGACAGCCAGGAUUGUUACAAAGAGCUCCAAUCCAUGCUAAAAACAAACUCUCAUCCGUGUUAUCAGAGUGCGCAUCAGAAACAAUGCUACCGUGGAAACCAGGAAAAAUGGAGAGGAUUCACAGAAAACUAAAGAAAAUUCUCUCCGAAGAACAAGUGUCUAAUUAGUUCUAAUUGAAACAAGCAGAUGCUUAUAAAUGGAUUUUUAACUGUAAAUUAUGUAUUUGCAAAUUAAAGCAUAU